GCUCCAGAUGUUAACCCUUUGAUCACCCCUCAUGUUAACCCUUCUCAGUACCAUUAGUACAGUGUCAGUGAUUUAUUUUAGCACUGAUCACUAUAUUGGUGUUACUGGGGAUGUCAGUGACACCAAGUCAGUUCCCCUAAGUGUCAGAAUGCUCGUCGCAGUCCCACUAUAACUAGUAAAAAUAAAAAAUUCCAGUAUCUAUACCGCCAUUUGUAAAUGCUAUAACUUUCACGUAAACCAAUUAAUUUACACGUAUUGGGAUUUUUGUUUAGCAAAGACAUGUAACAGAAUAUGGGUGCAACGUCACAUGA